AAUGGACCGAUGACUGAUAUGUAAUAGUAUAGGUUUUAUUUGGAAAGCCCUCUUAAAAUUUAGAAUCAGUCUAACACUGCUUUUGCGGGACUGUUGAGUUGUCGCUCUAACUGUCCGAAUUUUUAUUUAACUUUCCAUUGCUGAAGCAACUGGCACAGAAGGAUGCAGGCCACGCAGGAUAAUAAGCAGAUUGAAAACCAACAGAUUGUUGGCGAGAAUGAGCAAAAAGUUGGCAGCCUGCACUUUGCGUGCGUGGACAGAGUGAUUCAUUUACCGAUGGUCGAGGCGCUGACACAUAAGACCAUCGAGGUGUUGGACAAGGUCAAGGGGUCGAGCAGCGUUGCCAACUGGACCCUGUCGACGGCCGAGUCGACCGCGGCCACCAUGUUCAACUUGGCCGAGAACGUGGCCAACAUAUUGCCGCAGGGGCCGAUCCAGGCCGUCGACCGCACCAUCUGCUCCGGACUGGCGUUCGUCGGGGACAAGGUGCCCAUCGUCAGGGAACAACCGGAAGUGAUCUACGAACACGCCAUGGAAACAGUAAACGUUGUGAAGAACAAGGCGAACGACAUUCUGUCCACCAAGUUGGGCACCAUCGCCAUGAACGGAUUCGACACCACCACCGGCCUGAUCAACAAGUUCAUCGACUACUACAUGCCCCCUGGAGAGGGAGAAGUUGACGUCCCAGUUGUGGAUGUGAACGUGGACCAAGUUGGUCAUGCCCUGCAGGCUGUGGGUCAGUUGUCCGGAAAGGUGCGCAGCCGCAGCAGAGUGUACAAGGCCUUGGUGAACCUAAUGCAGGGCAUCAAACAGCAGAGUGAACACGCCAUUGGCCAGAUGAACCAACUGCUGCACCUGAUUCCAAAGAAAGCUGAGGGUGAAGAGGAGGCGCAAAAACUGGCGCACGGAGUUUCAACCUUCCUGGCCAGUGUCCCUGAGAAGAUGGAGCACCUAAUGCCCGCCCCGCUAGUUGCCCAGGUCAAGGAGGCUCAGACCUGCGCCCAACAAUUGCACGAGGCACUAAUGAGCUCCUCUUUGAGUGAUGUGACUGAAUCUGUAAAGGAACAGGCGGGAAAAGUGCAGACUGCCCUGAACGAUCUCAGCACUUUCUCAGGCCAAGUCGUGGAAACUUUACAGGAGGAAAACAAGGAGAUUACUGAGACUGGCAAAGAAGAGCCAAAGGAGAAUUAAAUACUGGAAUUCUGAAGAAAAUAUGCGUUCAAUAACCUCCUUUUAACAUUUUAAAUUCUUAAAUUUAAUGGGUUUUCUAAAAUAAACUUUGCAUUCGUUUAAUAUUGAUUCCAACUUUC